AUGGCAGCCAGAGAUCCCACUGAGGAGCUCUUUGACGAAACGACUUGUCUCAUCUGCCUUGAUUACUUCAAAGAUCCAGUGAUCAUUGAAUGUGGGCAUAAUUUUUGCAGAGCCUGCAUUACUCAGUACUGGGGGGAGUCUAACAGAGCUGUAUCCUGCCCUUACUGCAGAGAAACUAUUCAACAGAGGAUUGUCAGGCCAAACCGACAACUGGCAAAUGUUGUUGAAAUAGUCAAGAAACAUGAGGAGGGGAAAGGGGAAAAACGGAAAAGGGAAGUCUGUGAGAGGCACCAAGAGCCCCUGAAACUCUUCUGUAGGGAUGAUGAAGUGCCCAUCUGUGUGGUGUGUGACCGAUCCAAGGAGCAUCGAGGUCAUAACAUAGCUACAGUGGAAGACGUUGCACAAGAGUACAAGGAAAAAAUCAAGGCCCACGUGAAGUCACUGGAGAAAGACAGAGGAAAUUUUGUGGAUCAGCAAGUGGCUGAAGAUCUGGAAAGCCAGGAACAUCUGAAACGGUUGACAGGGGAGAAGCAGAAAAUCAGGUCUGCCUUUCAGCAAAUGCACAAAACUCUCGAGAAAGAUGAGCACUUCUGGCUGGCCCAGCUGGAUGAAUUGGAAAUGAAGCUCCUGAAGAAGCAGGAAGAGAAUUUUGCCAAACUUUCACAGGAGAUCUCUAUGCUCAGUAAUUUGAUCACAGAGAUAGAGGGGACAUGCCAGCAGCCAGCCAGUGAAUUUCUGCAGGAUGCCAAAAAUAUAUUGAAGAGGUCUGAGAAGAAGCAAACGAGGCGCACACUGACCUGUUCUCCCAGGUUGGAAGAGACACUCGAAAUGUACAUUCAGAACAAUUCUGCUCUAGAACAGGCUAUGAAGACAUGUGCAGUGACUGUAUCUCUGGAUCCAGAUACGGCAAACCCCCGCAUCAUUCUGUCUGAGAAUCGGAAAAGUGUGAUGAGGGGAAGGAGAGCGCAAAACCUCCCUAACAACCCUGAGAGAUUUGAUACUAUGCUCUGUGUGCUGGGCUGUGAGAAAUUUGCCUCAGGAAGACAUUGCUGGAAGGUGGAGGUGGAUGUACAAGACCAAGUGGAAAGCUGGGCCGUGGGGGCUGCCCGAGAAUCUGUCAAGAGGAAGGGCAAGAUUACACUUUGUCCUGAGGAAGGGAUCUGGGCUUCGGUCGGGGUUACUCUGUGUGUAGCCGAGCAAGCGAAGCUGGCGGAGGAGGAAGAGGAAAGGCAGCCUUUCUGUGGGUAG